AUGUGCUCGAAGCUCCAUGGAGUCCGGGGUCCGGCGGCGGAUCCCGAGUCUGGGGAGCACUUUCUCUACUUCGCCUACGGCAGCAACUUGCUGAAGGAGCGGCUGCAGCUGAAGAACCCCUCGGCAGAGUUCUUCUGCGUGGCCAAACUGCAGGGUUUCAAAGUUGACUUUGGAAAUUAUAAGGGUGUAACAAGUACCUCUUGGCACGGAGGUGUAGCUACUAUUGUUGAGAGCCGUGGAGAUGAAGUUUGGGGAGUCGUGUGGAAAAUGCACGUGAAAAAUAUAAGUUCUCUGGAUAAACAAGAAAGAGUUGAAAAUGGAACAUAUAUUCCAAUACAAGUUGACGUUUACAAUCAAGAAGGGAAAGCGCUGAACUGCAGAUGUUACCAGAUGAAAGAUUAUGUCCCUGCAGCCCCCUCACCGCAGUAUAAAAAGGUCAUCUGCAAGGGCGCCAGGCAGAAUGGCCUGCCUUCGGAAUAUCAGAGGAAGCUAGAAGAGAUCGAAACAAAUCACUACAAAGGCCCGGUACAAGUCAUUCAAGAAAUCGAAGCCGCCAUCAGUGAACCGUUAUAGCAG